CUGGAUCUUUUUUCUCUCUUAAAAAAGUUUUUUUUUCUCUCUCUCUCUGUCGUUUUGGGUUCCUGCUCGCGGCUCGCCGCUUCUCCACCUCCCGUCUCCCCCUCCUCCCGGCCACCCCUCCCCUCCCCUCCUCAUCGAAACAAACAAGCUCGGGCCGUUCAUCUCCUCCGCCGCCGCUCGCCGGAAGGGAAGGGGACCGCCAUUCCUCCACCUCCGCGGGCGAGAGAUGCCCGCCUCCGGUUGACCAACAUGCGGCCUUUCCCGCCGCUCGCUGGGAUCCACCGCGCCACCUAGUGCUGCCGCCCGCCUCGUCACGAUGGCGUCCGACCAGCACCCCCUCGACUCCUUCCUCGCCGCCGCCCGCGGCGCCCUCGCCCACCUCCACCUCCCUGGAUCCGAUUCCAAGCAGCAGGAGCAGCAGCGCCAGCCCGACUGCCUCCUCCACCUCCACGUCGUCCUCACCAACUUCCUCCACAAGCCCCUCAGGUCAUUCUCCAGAUGCUUUGGGAACGAACACAGGCCCAAGAGAGUCCGGAGCAAACCGGCCCCGCCGCCGCUCCCCGACGCCGGGAAAAGGCAGCCGCAGCCGCAGCAGCAGCUGGAGCUCCUGCUCUGCAUUGCGUUCGACGCCCUGGCGCACAACCUGCAGGUGCUGGAGGGCGCGUGCAAGCAGAAGGGCGAGGAGUUCGGCAGUGCCGCCCUGCAAAUCGACCAGUUUCAGGUCGUCAGGAAGGUCAUCGUUGGUAAGAAGGCUGAUUUCGACGGGUUCCUCUCCAACCUGGGGUUCGCCAGGGUGGGAGCACCGCUGGCGAGCUUCGCUGAUGACUCCCGGGCCUCGGCGCCACCGGCUGCUGGCCAGGAUGGUGUAAUCGGGGAGAGGGAAGGGGUUGACAGUGGCGGUGAUGCUGCACAGCCGCCACACAAGUUUGCCGGCCGGUUGCUCAACAUCCCAUUGUCGAAUGUGGAGCGGCUGCGGUCAACUCUGUCCACGGUUUCACUGACGGAGCUGAUUGAGUUGGUUCCACAGCUGGUUGGCAGAUUGUCGACUUCAGUGGAUAGCCAUCCAGACAAGAAGAAGCUUUUCUCCGUGCAAGACUUCUUCCGGUAUGCAGAAAUCGAAGGGAAGCGUUUCUUUGAGGAAUUGGAUAGAGAUGGUGAUGGCCAAGUCACCCUAGAAGAUCUUGAAGUUGCAAUGAGAAAGAGGCGAUUGCCGCGGAGGUAUGCUCGGGAUUUGUUACGGCGUACCAGAAGUAACAUGUUUUCAAAGUCGAUUGGGUGGAAACAAUUUCUAUCCUUGAUGGAGCAGAAGGAGGCAACAAUACUCCGGGCAUACACCACAUUGUGUUUGAGCAAGUCUGGGACGCUUCACAAGAAUCAAAUUGUUGAAUCGUUAAAAGGUGCAGGCCUCCCGGCCAAUGAAGAUAAUGCUGCUGCCAUGCUGCGCUAUCUAAAUGCAGAUUCGGAAGGAUCAAUCUCGUACAGCCAUUUUCGCAGUUUCAUGCUUCUACUUCCUUCAGAGCGCCUUGAAGAUGAUCCUCGGAACGUUUGGUUUGAAGCAGCUACAUUGGUUGCUGUUCCCCCACCUGUAGAAAUAUCCACCGGAAAUGUAUUGAAGUCGGCUUUAGCUGGAGGUCUUGCUAGUGCCCUUUCUACCUCUAUGUUGCAUCCUAUUGAUACAAUGAAGACACGUGUCCAAGCAUCUACGCUCUCAUUUCCAGAGCUAAUUUCAAAGCUUCCACAAAUUGGGAUUCAAGGACUGUAUCGAGGUUCUAUCCCUGCAAUUCUCGGACAGUUUUCAAGCCAUGGUUUGAGAACAGGAAUCUUUGAAGCAAGUAAGCUCAUAUUAGUAAGAGUGGCUCCAACACUUCCAGAGAUUCAGGUGCAAUCGUUGGCUUCCUUCUGCAGCACAAUCCUUGGAACCGCGGUCCGUAUUCCUUGUGAGGUUCUUAAGCAACGGUUGCAGGCUGGAAUCUUCGACAAUGUAGGGGAGGCCAUUGUUGGUACCAUGCAAAAAGAUGGCCUAAAGGGCUUCUUCCGUGGAACUGGGGCCACUCUUUGUCGUGAGGUUCCUUUCUAUGUUGCAGGAAUGUGCCUUUACGGUGAAGCUAAAAAGGCAGCACAGCAUGUCUUGAGCAGAGAGUUGGAACCAUGGGAAACUAUAGCAGUCGGAGCAUUGUCUGGAGGGCUUGCAGCAGUCGUCACCACUCCCUUCGACGUGAUGAAGACCCGGAUGAUGACUGCCCCUCCAGGCACGCCAGUCUCCAUGCAGUUGAUAGUCUUCUCCAUCCUCCGAAACGAGGGCCCCCUAGGGCUCUUCAAGGGUGCGAUCCCACGCUUCUUCUGGAUCGCUCCUCUGGGAGCAAUGAACUUUGCAGGCUACGAGCUCGCCAAGAAGGCCAUGAUCGAAGCUGAGAAUGAGGCCGCCGACCCUUCACAAGAGAAGAAGAACAUGGCGGGUUCUAGAGGAUGACAGGCACACUCAACCAGUCAAACCUCCUCUAUGAUGUAAAGAGAGAACUGGAGACAUGCAACAGAAGUUUUUGUGCCCUUGUUGCAAAGGACAGGACAGAUAUUCCACACGGCCUUCUUACCAAAUGAUGUUAGGUUAUCCUUUCCCCUCUCGCGGAAAACUUUUUUGAUUUUCCAUUUCCAUAGGCCUUUACAACACUCUGUAUGUAUAGCACACUAGACGGCAGGAACUACAGGAGUUGGCAUGCUGCUCUUUCUACCUGCAGAACUUACUUUCAUGUUUCAACUGUUACGCAAUCCAGAUCAUUUCUGCCA